GGGCGGGGCCUCGCCUGUGCUCAGCGCCGAGAGGAAUCCGAAAGAUCACGUGGCCCUUCAUGGUACCGACGGCUCACGCCCAUCGCGGCCCUCGUGCCGCUGCGCUUUGUCCCGUGCGUAGCGGAGCGCUCUCGCCCACGGCCGCAUCUCUCCCCACACGCUGCGGGGGCGGUGGCCUCAGCGAAGCGUCCCCUCCGCCUUCAGUGGCCACUCGCAGCCGGUGACCCGGCACGGGGCCGGACCUGACCCUCGCACCCACCGCGGGGAUUCCUCGAGACUCAGCGGGAAGCCCCGGCGGUGUGGGGGGGGCUCUGCCCGGCAGCGCUGAGGUGGCGGCCCCGCGGGCGCUGCCCGGCAGGACGGGGGUCUCGCCGCAGCCCGGAAAGCCCCGCCGGGCCGGGGUUUCCCCGCCGCCCCCGGGCUGACGCAGCCGUGCCACUGGGGGCGGCUCUAAGGGCCGGCGCCCGCCGCCACACGCGCACUCGGGAGCGCCGCGCCGCCGCGCACCGACCCCAUGGGAGCGGCCGCCCCGCUGCUGCGCGCGGUGCUGCUGGCGCUGGCGCUGAGCCCGGGGCGCGCGGCCGCCGCUCCGUGCGCCGCCACCUGCCCGGCGGGUACCUUCGUGGCCGGCGCGGGUUGCGGGCGGGAAGCGAGCUGCCAGCAGUGCCCGUCCGACACCUUCUCCAGCGUGGUGGGAGCCAGCAGCUGCAACCUGUGCCGCAGAUGCGAAGGAAGAUUCAAGUACUUAAAGGUGUGUUCACCAAUAAGUGACGCUGAGUGCACAUGCAAGGAGGGAUAUCGCUGCAGUGACAGUGGCUGCUCCCGCUGUGACAGAAGCUGCGGCCUCGGCGAGGAGAAAACUGGGAGCGGUUGCCAGGCUUGCCGCUAUGGAACUUUUAAUGAUCGGCCUGAUGGCUCCUGUAAAAACUGGACAAUGUGUUCUGAAAACCAGGUUCUGGAGCCUGGAACUGCAACGAAAGAUGUGGUUUGCAAACACAGUUCAGAUAAUCCUGCUUUAGCCACCACUUUACCUACCACUUCUCCUGCAAUCCCAUUUCGUAUCGCUGUGCCAGGGAAGGACCUCCAGAUGGACAUUAUCAGAAUUUCUCUUGCUGUAGCGGGGCUGUUGUGCGUAGCAUUUCUGCUGCCUUUGUGUGUAUGCCUCAGCAUCUGGCAGAAAAAGAAACUACAUGCCGUCUUCAAGAAAAUGCAUGCUACACCUGAACAAUCAAUUCAGGAAGAGACCUGCAGCUGCCGCUUUCCUGAGGAAGAACAAGGUGAAGAUCAAGACUGUGGCAAAUCCACAGAAUUCAGAGAUCUUUUGGAGAAUUAAGAAUUGGACUGUCCAGGUCAACCAUAUUUGUUUCCUCUUAGAACGCAACAUUAUAAUCUGUGAAUUUCAGAGUGCUACGUAGUCCAUCCACUAAGGAAAAAGCACAUCUUCUCUAGCUUGACUGUUAUCUAGGACCAGGAAUCCUAUUUCUAAGCAGUAGUAGUACUACUGUGCUUAAAACAAAUAACAGAAGGGCAGUAUGGCAUUCUCGCUCCUCUUGUAAGUGGUGCCUGAGCCAUAACUUACAUGCACUCUGAAAGCAUUUGUCCCUAAAAUGGAGAUCUGUAGCAUAUAGUAGAGCCAUGUGUGCCACUCGUGGUCUCUGCAUUACUGUUACCAGCUGUCCUCAAGUCUAGAGCUGCAGCUCCUGCCGAAGCAUGGCUCAAACCCACCAGCAUUGGGUUUCUUUUGCAAGUACAGAUCUCAUCUCAUUUCAGACUUUCAGUUGCCAGCAGCUGUGGAAACAUAUCUGGCCUGACAGAUAUGUUUCUUAUGUAGGAGAUAGGAAGGUGUAAAAAAAUCUAGAGCUGCUAAGUUUUUUAUAACACCUUCUGCUGUUAUGUUACAGUGAUUGCCUUAAUAGAAGCAGUGGAAACACUGAGAAAAGCGGUGGUUGAGUUGCUCUUAGGAAGGGAUGUUGCUGUGCACUUAGACUGCAACACCUCAGUCCUACGUCAUUCAGCUUUCAUCUUUUGGUGAUGUAAGCGUGCAUGUUGCAGAUGUGCUAUAUGCAGAACGUGGUACGUUUCUGGUACUAUUUCUGUAUCUCUGAGGUUGGAAAGAUUGUAACAUCAGACAGUAUAUCUGUCUUUUUGAUCAACUACUGGUACUUUGGUCUGAAAGAAAAAAGAAAAUGCCACUAAUUACAACAUUUUUAACCUUUUUCAAAACUAAAUAUUUUAUUUCUUCAGUAAAUGCUAUUCAAAAAUAGAACGAAAACCUAUCAACGCAUCAGGUAAAGGGGGAUUUUCUCCUUUAUGUAAUUUCAGCUUUGAAAGAAAGAGUACUGCUGUGUAUGAAGAAUGACAGCCUUCUAUUCAGCACAAAAAUCAAGAUCGCAGAUUUUUACAUAGUUCUGAUAAACUUGCUGUUUUGUAACUUCUUAUAUGUAUAUUAGAAAAUAAGUAUAGCAACAUGAAUUCCAAAGUUAAGUAUAUGUAAAUAAAUAAUUUGUUUUGAAUUCCUA